UCUCCCAUUCAUAAAGCGAACACCUGCUCGCCGCCUCCUGCCUCUCCCCACCCGCGAGCAGCCUGGGGAGGUUGUGUUUGGCACCCUUCACGGUGUCCCCGCCAAGUCCUCGCCGCUCCGGGCCUCGUCGUCCACGACCCGCCUCGGUAGAACCGAGGAAACAAAAAGGCUUGUGGCGCGAUACGCAAAUCAAACCUCGCCCUUUGGCGCGAGGCUGUCCGACAUUUUGUGCCCGGAAAGCUUUUACCGGGGUAACAGAUUUUAGGAAGCGACUGUCGCACUGUUCUGCGGGGCCUCUUUCCAAGCGACUGGCCUUUUGGCGGCCGCUGUUUACGCUUUCAUGAUGGCCGGGAGUGGGCAGGGCGGGAGCGGGCCAGGAGUGCUUUGGCAGGCGGGGCGGGGCGCCGUGCUAAUUCACCACGCAGUCUCCAUCCGAAUCGCGAGCUGCUCUCCACAAUGAUCCUCCCUGCGAAGCCCUCGGACCGGCCCCUGACUGCUAGCAGCGAGAGGCGAGCCCUCAUUCGCUGAGCCGACGCCUGGCUCCCCGCCCCCCGCCCCGUUACUCUCGCUCUGGAAAUUACAACUCCUGGGCGCUCGGCGCGGCGGGCGCGGGAGGCGGCGGGGCCGGGAGGGGAUUCCCGAGCCAGCGGGCGCUCGCUCCCCGCCCGCCGCUGCAGCGUGGUGCGGCCAAGGUCAGGGGCGCCGCAGGAGUCGGAGCUGGCGAGACGAGUCGGGGACGCGGGUCAAUACCGGCCUGCGAAGAGGCAGCUCCGAGAGCAGAGGCCGGGAAGCGGGACGGCGACGACCUCCCGGCCCGAGGACGCCGAGGUGGCGGCGGGAGCGCAGCAGCCUGGCCGGCGGUGCGCACCGGGAGUCCGCGCUGACUGCUUCUCUUCCGGCUCGCGGGCGCUGUCCGCCGUCUGGUGGUGCUGAACCAGUCCUGGCCCAGCCGCUCGUGCUUCUGCCAAGAGCUGGGUAGGGGCGGGGCGCUCGGAGAAGACUCCGGGCAACGACGCUGCGGAGCCCAGCUCAGUAGCCUCGCUGGCUGACAGCAGCGGGACACUGAUCCUGCACGAAGGGGAGGCGCGAGGUAUCCGGACGGCGCCGCUGCUGCUGAUUCACCACCCGGACAACCUCAGAGGCCACCUCGCGGGCUGCCCGCCACCUUCAGACGGCCGCCUCUGGUGCGGGAGCCUCGCCCGCAGGAGGUGAGGACCCCUCCCUUCUCUGGCGACCAAGCUUCUUAGGGCGGUGGCCUGAGGACAGAGAGGGGCGUGCCCCCCGCGGGUGAAGACAGCAUGCCCGUGUAAUGCCCCCGCCUCCCGUCUCAGCAGCGCUGACCUCGCCCGCCCGGCUGCGCUUGUCUUCGGAGCCUGACCAUUCUUCGCGGGUCCCGAGCGGCUCGGGCCGCGGGCGCGGCGAUGGAGGAGGAGCUGAAAUGCCCCGUGUGCGGCUCCCUGUUCCGGGAGCCCAUCAUCUUGCCCUGCUCACACAAUGUCUGCCUGCCAUGCGCCCGCACCAUCGCGGUUCAGACCCCGGACGGCGAACAGCACCUGCCCCCACCGCUCCUGCUUUCGCGGGGUGCCGCCGCCGCCGCGCCCCCUUCGGAUCAGGACGCUGCGGCCGGCGCGACCUGCGGAGGCGCUGGAGCUAGCACAGCUGGAGGCCUGGGCGGAGGGGCGGCCGGUGGUGGAGACCACGCGGACAAGCUGAGCUUGUACAGCGAGACUGACAGCGGUUAUGGCUCCUAUACCCCCAGCCUCAAGUCCCCCAACGGAGUCCGCGUGCUGCCCAUGGUGCCUGCGCCCCCGGGCUCUUCUGCCGCCGCGGCCCGGGGCGCUGCCUGCUCCUCACUCUGCUCUUCCUCCAGCUCCAUCACCUGCCCGCAGUGCCACCGCAGCGCCUCCCUGGAUCACCGCGGCCUGCGAGGCUUCCAGCGCAACCGGCUGCUGGAGGGCAUAGUGCAGAGGUACCAGCAGGGCCGUGGGGUUGCUGCGGGGGCGUCUGCAGCCCCUGCGGUGGCCAUCUGCCAGCUGUGCGACCGCACCCCACCGGAGCCGGCAGCCACUCUCUGCGAGCAAUGCGAUGUGCUCUAUUGCGCCACCUGCCAGCUCAAAUGCCACCCGUCCCGGGGCCCUUUCGCUAAGCAUCGGCUAGUUCAGCCCCCGCCGCCGCCGGCACCCCCAGAGGCUACCCCUGCUUCAGCGGGCACAUCCACCGCCCCCAGCGCAGGAGGAUGCAGGAGUCCAGGGGGUGCCGGGGCCAGCGCUCCGAGAAAGUUCCCCACAUGCCCCGAGCACGAAAUGGAGAAGUACAGCAUGUACUGCGUGAGCUGUCGGAGCCCGGUGUGCUACCUGUGCCUGGAGGAAGGCAGACACAGCAAACACGAGGUGAAGCCGCUGGGGGCAACUUGGAAGCAGCACAAGGCCCAGCUGUCUCAGGCCCUAAAUGGGGUUUCAGAUAAGGCCAAAGAGGCGAAGGAGUUUCUGGUUCAGCUCAAGAACAUACUGCAGCAGAUCCAGGAAAAUGGACUGGACUAUGAAGCUUGCCUGGUGGCACAGUGUGAUGCCCUGGUGGAUGCACUGACCCGGCAGAAAGCCAAGCUGCUCACCAAGGUGACCAAAGAGAGGGAGCACAAGCUGAAGAUGGUUUGGGACCAGAUCAAUCACUGCACGCUGAAGCUGCGCCAGUCCACAGGCCUGAUGGAGUACUGCCUGGAGGUGAUCAAGGAGGAUGACCCCUCUGGCUUUCUGCAGAUCUCAGAUGCCCUGAUCAAGCGCGUGCAGGUGUCUCAGGAGCAGUGGGUCAAAGGUGCCCUGGAGCCCAAAGUGUCUUCGGAAUUUGACCUGACUCUGGACAGUGAGCCACUGCUGCAAGCCAUCCACCAGCUGGAUUUCGUCCAGAUGAAAUGUAGGGUGCCACCUGUACCCUUGCUGCAGCUGGAGAAGUGCUGCACUCGUAACAACAGUGUCACCCUGGCCUGGAGGACGCCACCCUUCACCCACAGCCCCGCCGACGGCUACAUCCUGGAGCUGGACGAUGGUGAUGGGGGGCAGUUCCGGGAAGUGUACGUUGGCAAAGAGACCCUGUGCACCAUUGACGGGCUUCACUUUAAUAGCACCUACAAUGCCAGAGUCAAAGCCUUCAACUCCUCUGGCGUCGGGCCCUACAGCAAGACUGUGGUCCUGCAGACCUCCGAUGUGGCCUGGUUCACUUUUGACCCCAAUUCUGGCCACCGGGACAUCAUCUUGUCCAAUGACAACCAGACAGCCACCUGCAGCAGCUAUGAUGACCGGGUGGUACUAGGCACAGCUGCAUUCUCCAAAGGUGUGCACUACUGGGAGCUACAUGUGGACCGGUAUGACAACCACCCAGACCCUGCCUUCGGGGUGGCCAGGGCCAGCGUAGUCAAGGACAUGAUGCUGGGCAAGGACGACAAGGCCUGGGCCAUGUACGUGGACAACAACCGCAGCUGGUUUAUGCACUGUAACUCCCACACCAACAGGACUGAAGGUGGUGUGUGCAAGGGGGCUACUGUGGGUGUGCUGCUGGAUCUGAACAAGCACACUCUGACGUUCUUCAUCAAUGGGCAGCAGCAGGGCCCCACAGCCUUCAGCCACGUGGAUGGGGUCUUCAUGCCUGCUCUCAGCCUCAACCGAAAUGUGCAGGUCACCCUGCACACAGGACUGGAGGUGCCAACAAACCUGGGGCGGCCAAAGCUGUCCGGCAACUAGCCUGGUGGCCGCUGCUGCCUGCCUGGUUGUGAUGGCGGCCCUCACAGAGGAUAAGGGCACAGCAGCAAGUUCCGGGUCCCAGCAGCCAGUCAAUGUCUGAAGAUGCUCUUUUAGGGGGAAUGGAAAAUGAAUGGGCUGUGAGCCACACAGCCAUACUGUGGCUGCCAAUGUCAGGAGUGGCCUUUCACCUCUACACCACGGAGUUUAGAGUUCCCAGUACUCCGGAAAGCUUUGGUUUCAGGCUUCUGUUUUCUGACACCUUUUGAAAAGUUUGAUUUCCCUUUAAAUUUUUUUUUCCUGGAGGGAGAGUGGAAGGCUAACUUGGAGACUGGCAUCCCAAGACCAGUCAGCGCUGUGAAGUCACUCCAUGCCUGCUUGUAACCCAUUGCUAGGACUCUGCUCCUUCCAGAGUCCCAAGCUGGCAACUUGUCGCCUCUGCUGGAUGAAACUGACCUUGAGCCUUUGGGAUCUGGAGUCUUCAAUACACUGCAAACAAAUUCAGGACUAAUGGAACAUUAAUCAUUAAUGAACUACUAGAACCAUUCAGAAGGGCUUCCUUACCACCUUUAUUAUUAACCAUAUGUUAUCAACCACCACCACCACCCCACACACACACACGGUGUGUGUAACAA